AUGUCUGCAAUUGUAACAACCGUCUUAAAGGGUACCCUCGGAUUUCUCAUAAAGAAAGGCCGAAAAGCAGCUGUGGAGAGACUGAAGGAUAGCGACGUUACAAACGAAAAAUUGAAGAACUGGAUCGUGGAUGAAAUCGAUAGUAUAAAUUCGAAACUUGAUGCAAUGGCGAAGAAAGAUCUCGGAGCAAGUAUUUCCUUUUUCAGGGAAGGACUAGUUUUCCUUAAUAAUGCAAUGGAAACGAUAACUUGUGGCAUAGGAAGUUUAAAUGCAAGUCCUGUAGAAGUGGGAAAAGUUAAAAAUGUGAAAGAAGAAAACUUCGAAGAGAGCAAUGAAAAAGCAAAUCCUGAAGCAUCAAAACAGGAGGCGUCCUGGCCCAGGGUGUUUUGGUCGAUUGCUUCUCAAGCAACUGGCUUCUGGGACCAGGGUAGAGAGAAUGAGAAAGGGUUGGAAGCUGCUUCUCAAAUGACAGAGGAACCGGAAAGAUCCUCUGGUGUAGAGGAAAACGAAUUGCCUUUCACAGGGGAACUGAGGAAGAUGAAUCUAAACAGUCUUAAUGAAAUCGAAGCAAUCCUUGACGCAAAGAAGAGGUUUGACGACGCUCGACGAAAAGCGACAGAAGCCUUUAACAAUGCAGUUCUCACCCCCUUGGAUCGUAUCCUAGCCAUGGGUGUUCGUCUAAUGGCAACAAUAUUGGAGAAAGUAGAUAACCCGGUAAGUGCUUUAGACGCGUGUAUAUCUGGCCUCAACGAACUACACUCGAUGCCGUUUGUUACAGAGAAUUUUAGCGUUGAACUUCAGAAAGGUAUCAAGUCAAGAUUAAGCAAGGAUGAACGAAGGCAAAUUAUUUCCUUCGUCUGUCAAGUAAAUCGCACCAUUUACGACUUCGCGUCACUACGGGGGGUGACAACUCUAACAAAGGCUGUUUGGGCAGUCCUAUGAAUAACUUUCUGUCCUCCCGGAAAUUUCGUCGACCCUCCCGAAUUUUUCGGUGGCUUUCCCCACAAAUGUUUAACUUCCCAAAAUUGUUUUAACAAUUUAAAUUAAAAUUUUGAUUAGAGAUUUUUUGCAGCUUCUUGUUAAUUAUGUAACUUGUUAAUUAUCUAACCUUAGUUAUUUUUUCGUUUAGAGGGUAUCAUGUUAACACAGAAAGACUGUCAAACUUUUUAAGUAUAUAAAAUCGUGUUUUUUUGUUUUUUAAUCACUGAUGAAUCAGGCGAGCAGUGAAGGGGCCAACCACUAGGGGGGUCUGGGGGCAUGCUCCCCCACAAAAUUUUGAAAUCUUGGUGCUCUGAAACGCCAUUUCUAGUGUUCUGAGAGGACAAAUUCUGUCCAAAAUGUUCUCUAAAUCAAUUGUCCUUUUUAUGCUUAUUUUUAUUGGCGUGACUUCGCGUAGAAGUAGUCAAUUUUAUUUUAUACAAGUUGUGCGGUUUUUGAAAUUGCUCUGGAUAUCACUUUCAGCUAAGUAUACUCUGUGUGGUGUCAUUGUAUGAGUAUCAAAAGAAUUCAUUUGAAAAUUUCAGAACAAGUGUCGAAAUCUGAAAUUUUCCUAUCCCGAACGCAUAUUGAUCGGGAUUCGGGAUUUUCGAGCAAAAUCGGAAGGACCCCGACGAGAUCAGGAUGAUUAAAGAGUCUUCACAGACAUACUACUUUUUAUGGCCUCAUUUGUGUUUAACAAGGUUAAAUGAGUUUCGUUUUCUUCUUACAUACUUCUUACGUACUUCUUUCAAAUUUUCCAGUAUGCAAUCAGUGGAAUGUGCUCUUAAAACUCGUUAAGGUGCAGCGUAAAAAUACCCCUGAACUAAUGAAUGAUGGGAUUAGUGUGAACUGAUAGUAUGCACCGGUACGGUUCUUGUGUCAAUCCUCUGGGGAUUGCACGUGGUCAAUCGCACUCGAACUUCAUGCUAUUUUAGUAGGAAACGUUGCUGAUUGGUCUUUUCAUAUCAUGGGGAGUUCAGCCGUUUUCAAGUGUCAAAAUACAUAGAAUACAGCGCAUACACUGGGUGCAUAUCACUGUAUAUAUAACUUGUUUGAUAACAUGUAAUAUCAAAUCUUUGCUCAAUGUCCCGAAAAUAUCUCAUAUUUCCCGAAACAUUUCCCAGGUUUCCCGAUUCCCGGCAAAAUCUCCAGAUUCCCGGAAUAAAUUUGUUUUUCUCCCGAAACAGCCCUUGUUAGAGCUGUCACCCCCCGUCGUCACUGGUAAGCACUAAAGAAGUGUUGUCCUUUUGGCCCUGCGUUGAAAUCGCAAAUGAGAGAGUCGAUCCUCUUCGCGACUCAAGAAUGGCAAACAUGCUGCGUAAGCUCGAGAUGGGUGACUUUUGUUUAGCUUGGUCAUUUGGUCAGAAGGACGAACUAGAACAUCAAAGGCUUGACUCAGCGACUAGUAUAGCAACCAAUACUCAUGGACAAUUCCUUGUUGUCGACGGGAUAUGUGUGAAAAUGUUCGACACUUGUGGCAAAUUUUUAGAAUCUUUUAAUCCUUUUACUAAAUAUGGUACACCUGUCAGACCUGCAGAUGUAGCUACUGACCAAGAUGACAACAUUUAUGUGUUGGAGAAUGAAACGUCUAGUAAUUGUCCUACUGCACGCCUGUACGUGUUUAAUAAUUUAGCUCAGUUCUUAAAUAAAUUUAAAGUUGGCUCCGAUUUACAAGCUACGAGGGUGAAAGUAACAGCCAGUCGCCUCGUUCUUGUACCGGGGUUCACGCAUUUUGGUUCGGGCUUGGACAACGGGUCUGAAUUAGACGUGUUUUCGUCUGAACGGUUGAUCGGCGACGACCCAAAUGAUUAUGUGGUUUUGAAAGAUACUAAAGGAAGGCAUAUCGACUACCUUUCUGUGGAAACUUCAGAACGCAUCCUAGAUAUCACAGCUGCUGAUGACCUUAUUAUGAUCUUGGGUAGCGACUCCACUGUCUUUGUAUUCACAUAUGGAUGUGUUAGUGAAGAAGAUCGUCCCGUUUCACUAUUACUUAAGACAUUUCGAGUCCGUGGAGGUGCUUGUGCUAUUACUUUUCAUCCAAGAAGCAAACACUUGAUCAUUGUCUCAGUGAUCGAAGGCUGUCGCAGUCAACUGCUAUUUUAUAGUAAAGAGGGCAAAUUUGAACGUAGCAUUGACCUUGACGUGGAGCAAGACUACAUCAUAACUGGGGCUGCAGUGACCACAGAUGGACGCAUUUGUAUAGCAGCAUCAAAUAUCAAAGAAGGCAAAGGGAAGGUGCUUGUAGUGUAA